AUGUCGGAGCCUACUGAGAAAGAGAAGAUGCUUCGUGGGGAGCUCUAUCGUGCCUUCACGCCGGACUUGAUCGCUGCUCGUACACGCUGCAAAUGGGCCUGUAAUCGGUUCAACAAGUCGGACGAGGUGCCUCGUCGGCGUCUGGUUGAAAUGUGGCGAGACAUCACCGAAGACAAGACCCCUCUGCCACCAAAGCUGGAUGAUCCGGCUGCCGAUGAAGCUCUCUUUGAGCAAGAUCCCUGGGUUGAAUCUCCUGUGCAUAUGGAUUAUGGGUUCAACGUCACGCUUGGAGCGGGCGUCUUCAUCAACAUUAAUUGUAUCUUUAUCGACACCUGUCCCAUCACGGUCGGGGCUCGCACAUUGUUUGGCCCCAAUGUCAGCUUGUUUUCUGGAACUCAUCCGCUUGAUCCUGCCCUGCGUAAUGGCACUGAAGGACCUGAGACUGGCAAGCCAAUUGUUAUUGGGGAGGACUGCUGGCUUGGCGGGAACGUUACAGUACUUCCUGGCGUCACUAUCGGCAGAGGUGUGACUAUCGGAGCUGGCAGUGUAGUUACCAAGGAUGUGCCCGCCUUUCAUGUGGCUGCUGGGAACCCAGCUAGGAUUAUUCGUCGGAUUGAGACAACUUUGAAAGAAUGA